GUUUUGCGUCGCGUGCAUGCAGUGAUACCGCACAUCCAUCCGGAUGAAGCUGCACAAACACAUCUGAUGAGACAUAAACGCUAAUUUAACGCAGUGCUCAUUUUUCCCCGAGCCAUUCACUGUGGUUUUAUAUAAUCAUGCCUGCGCUCGGCGGCAUGAAACCAGCAUUUGAUUGUGAAAUCACGCCAUAUAUAUAUAUAUAUUUGUGUAGCAGACUGAAGUCCUGGAACGCUUGAGUGCGGGGGUGUCUGUCUGUCCCUUCACUGCAGUCACACAUCUGACCAGCAAAUGCAUGCCUCACACUGCAAACAACACUCAGGAUGAGAAAUACAUGGCUUUGGAAAUGUUAUUUGACUUGUUUACAGGGGGUGGAAGAUGGAAGCGUUGGAAAAAUGGAGCAGAGACAUCAUGGCACCUCAUCAGCUGGAUAAGAAAGCGCAGUCCAAACAAAAUGGCAUGAUUGCAAAAAAUCUGCUCAACUCUCUCAAGAUUCGCAAUCGUUUGCAGCUCCAGCCAAUUUCUCGUUCAGCAUGUGCCACUGGCUCUUGUCCCGAUCUGAUGAGUAGGAACGAGCAGCCUGACUCCCGGCCGCUUGCCAUGGCCCUGACGCCCCAGCUACCCCCCAGGACCCAUCGGCCCCUGUGUCUCUCAGUGUCCUCUGACAGCAAUGGACGCUUCAAAGCUCUGGAGACCCAGGAAUGGAAGAACAACCUCAAAGCUCAGAUGGAGCAGGCCCAUAGUGCUGGAGCAGCCAGCAGCACAGGUUCCCUGGAAAGAGCGUCUCUCUUUUGCGCUUCUGGCUCCACCACCAGCUCCAGUCCGGUGGAGCACCUCACCAAGAGCAAGUCCUCUAGUCGCUUUUCACUCUUCUCCCCACCUUGGAACAGCAGCUCUGAGUCUGACUCCAAUCCACCUUCCCGCUCUGGAUCUAAGAAAAUGCGCAACUACAGUCGCAGAGCUGGUCCCGGCAGUGCUAAAACGGGCCCAGAGACUCCAGAACCCAAGCAGAGCGUCCCUGAGCACUUCCAGUACUCAGAACCGGUCAUAUCGAAGGUUACAGACUACAUUUAUGUGGGAAACCUGAACGCGGCUUAUAGCGGACGUACGUUGUGCCGCAAUAAUAUCGACAGUAUCAUCGACAUGAGCAGCUUGCCCGGGGAGACUUGUUUGAGAGUCAUUCCUUGCACUUGUUCAAGGGGCGUCAAGCAUAGUUGGUCUCGGCUCAAAGUGGACAUAAGUGACCUUCCGGACACAGUCCAAGAAGGGCUGGCACUCAAGCAUCGCUGCUUCGAUCACAUCAAUGAGUGUAUCGAUGCCUCCACGGAGAAGAGGAAGCGAGUGCUGGUGCAUUGUCGUGAUGGUUUUUCCCUCGCCCCCACUUGCAUUAUUCAGUACCUUAUGGUCAAACAAAAUAUGAGGCUUAUUGCCGCCUACGAGCUGCUCAGAGCCAAACACCCGGUCAACAUUCGCGAGUCCCAUCAGAAUGUUCUGGUAAGUCUCGAAAGAGCUCUGAGACCGGGUGGGAACACGGACCCAGAGUGCUUUAAACAGGCCAUCUCUCGAAAAGUGGCUUGGACCUGAUAGCGAACCUUGGGGAGCCUCACUUUUAUUUGAGCGUUUUGUAGUUUGUGCAUUUAUUUUAAACAUUAUUUCCUCUGUUAACAGUGAAAGGCAGUUUUUUUUGUUUGUUUUAACUGAGCUGGAUGUCAUGGUGUGAGUACUAACUGUGAAAAUUUACUUUAAGUUGUUCAGUGUACAUUUUAGCAAAACAAAGAGAAUUUGAGUCAUUCGUUUUGCUUCUGGCUAAACGAAACAAGAACAAACAUGCUUUGUGCAGCUGCUAAUCAAUGAGAUUUGUCUGGGAAUAUAUCUCCUGUUUAUUCUUCUUCACAUGGGUACAUAGCCAUGCUGUGCAGGUUUAUGCUGAGGAAGAAGUUAGUGGGAGCUCUCAGGAGACGAAACGAUGUCAUAUAUGGCUGCAAACACCACUACUGAGGCUGAAACGCCAAACUGGAGUACUAUAUCAACUAAACAUCUCAAGCACUCGGAGGACAAAUUGAGGACUAAACAUGAUUAAUCACUGAAUCUGGCAGUACAUAGCAUAACCUUUGUUGGCCUCCUUAUUCAUUUGACAGUUGGUUGAUAUUUCUCUGUGUUUAACCAGGGUCGAAAGAUGCACAGUAAGAGUAGUCCUCUAUGAGGAGACAUUUAAUUUACUAGGUUAAGUGUCUUUUAUUAAAUGUGUAAUAUUCAACAUGUUUGAUCAAAUAAUUCAGUGCUUGGAAACAAUGUGAAUUUUGUGAUCGUGUAAAGCAUUGGAACUGGCCCAAUUUAUACCUUUUAUGGAGUGUUGGUAUUUGGAAAAUGAAUUAAACCGAGUUGUGGAGCAAUGCUCAAUUGCAAAGGCCUGAUAUUGCACUAACCACAAGGAAAUGCACAAGUUUUGCUGAAACGUGGCUUAGUUUGAUUUAAUGUUGCGCAGUGAAUAUAGAUCAGAAUAUUUUUAUUACGAUAAUGUUUAUGCUUAGCUAUAAUAAUUGUUGUUCCAUGGUUUCUAUUGUAUUUUGAUUUAGCCAUUUAGAAAAAUGUAACAACCCUGACAGCAAAUGUACGUCACUGAGACAUCUUGAAUGUGUGCAUUUUCAUUUACUGCUAGUUUGCAGUGUUUUUAAAAAUUUUUUUUUACAUAUUCCCUUUCAGAUAUACACCUAGUUUGCAAUGAAAGCGACCAAUGCAACCAAGAUAGAUAGCUGUCAUUAUAAUCUAUGGAUAUAUUGUUGAUUAUAAUGUGAUCAAUCUAGUUUUGUCGCUUUGCAACACGUUGCUUGCUUCUAGUGUAGAUUGGAACGUUUUCGGCAACAUUUAUGUUUUCAAGUUUAUAGUAAUCUGCUGUUGUUCUGACGUCUGCACACAAAUAUAAUGUGUCUUGGUGACGUACAUGUGCUUAAGGGGAAAUAUAUUUCACAUGGCUUAUGCUCGUCAGCAGUGAUUCUUCUAUUUUGAUAUUUAGUGCGCAGUUUGGUGAAGAAAGACCCUCCUAAGUUUUGGUGCCUUUUGUUUGAACUCGUCCAGUGUGAUUAUUGUGACAUUCACACGCGCACACUGUAUGCACUCAUCAGGUAUAGACAAAAUGUUGUCCUUAUUCUUUGACAUGUUCAGGAAAUGCUCCAUGUUGGUGUAAUUUUGUGAUGUAUGGCAGAGAUCAGUUUCAUCUGAUUACGCUGUUGUAAAGGUUUCAUAGCAGUGCUCACAGUGAACAGUGCCUGUACUUCAAUCAGUGUGGUGGUGACGUCAAUCAGUGUGAUCAUUACCUUCUUCUACAGGCCUGCAAUUUGCUUCUGACAUUAGCAAAGCUGUAUUUAGAUUCAAAUGGAACAUUAACUGUUGCUUUAUUCUUAUUCAUUAGCCUAUUUAAAUCUAUAUUUUUGGAUGGUUGAUCUCGCCCUGUAAACGUCUAACAACAUGAACUCUCAGGUUAACUUUAUUGGCCUAGAAAACAUUCUCAAUGCGUUAGAAACCAGAAUAAUGUGAGGCAAUGUAUUUUCUGUAUCACGUUUUUGAAGAAAAUGCAUUUGUACAUGUUGAUAUUAAAGAGAAUCUGAU